UCCCCGCAGGCCUUAGGGACCGCGCCAGCCGGGCGAGUCACUUGUCAGCGCUGGUCCGAGGCGGAGGCCACGCCACGCGGCUGCGGAGUUUGUUUGAUCUUCUGUCGUUGGACUUGGAUCCAUUGGAACCAUGAGCAACUACAAUGUGUCCUUGGUUGGCCCAGCUCCGUGGGGCUUCCGGCUUCAAGGUGGCAAAGAUUUCAACAUGCCUCUGACAAUCUCUAGUCUGAAAGAUGGGGGCAAGGCGUCCCAGGCCAACGUGAGAAUAGGCGACAUCGUCCUCAGCAUCGAUGGGAUCAGUGCGCACGGAAUGACUCAUCUUGAAGCACAGAACAAGAUUAAGGCUUGUACAGGCUCUUUGAAUAUGACUCUGCAAAGAGCAUCUGCUACAUCCAAGCCUGAGCCAGUUACUGUUCAGAAGGGAGAACCUAAAGAAGUAGUUAAGCCUGUGCCCAUUACAUCUCCUGCUGUGUCCAAAGUCACUUCCACAACCAACAUGGCCUACAAUAAGGCACCUCGGCCCUUUGGUUCUGUGUCUUCACCAAAAGUCACCUCCAUUCCAUCACCAUCGUCUGCCUUCACCCCAGCCCAUGCCACCACCUCAUCACACGCUUUCCCUCCACCUGUGGCUGCUGACCCUCCUCCCCCCUUCUCUGCAUCUGGACUGCAUGUUAAUGCCAACCCUAGUGCUGACCAGUGUUCUUCUGCACUGAGCACGGGUAAAACUGCAGUUAAUGUCCCACGGCAGCCCACAACCACCAGCGUGUGUUCCGAGCCUGCUCAGGAGCUAGCGGAGGGACAGAGAAGAGGAUCCCAGGGUGACAGUAAACAGCAAAAUGGCCCACCAAGAAAGCACAUUGUGGAGCGCAAUACAGAGUUUUACCACAUACCCACUCACAGUGAUGCCAGCAAGAAGAGACUGAUUGAGGACACGGAGGACUGGCGCCCAAGGACUGGAACAACUCAGUCUCGCUCCUUCCGAAUCCUCGCCCAGAUCACCGGGACUGAGCAUUUGAAAGAAUCUGAAGCUGAUAAUGCAAAGAAGGCAAACCCCACUGAGCACCCCACUUCGGCAGGAGCCUCACCCCGGAUGGUGUGUGAAGGUGCGGACAGCACAGGCGUGGGCAGACCCGGGGCGGCCAGCCUUACCACCGCCGCUGCCUUCAGACCCGUAGCAUCCACCGGCGUCAUCAAACCACCCAGCUGGCAGCGGCCAAGCCAAGCAGCACCUUCUACUGGAAGAAUCUCAAACAAUGUGACUUCCUCAGGAGCCGGGGAACCAGCUGGCUCAGCUGCGGGGCAGCCCCAGCCCAGCGACCAGGACACAUUGGUGCAGAGGGCAGAGCACAUCCCCGCAGGGAAGCGAACUCCCAUGUGUGCCCACUGCAACCAGGUCAUCAGGGGACCAUUCCUAGUGGCACUGGGGAAAUCUUGGCACCCAGAAGAAUUUAACUGUGCUCACUGCAAAAAUACCAUGGCCUACAUUGGAUUUGUAGAGGAGAAAGGGGCUCUGUAUUGUGAGCUGUGCUAUGAGAAAUUCUUUGCUCCUGAAUGUGGUCGAUGCCAAAGGAAGAUCCUUGGAGAAGUCAUCAAUGCUUUGAAACAAACUUGGCACGUUUCCUGUUUUGUGUGUGUGGCCUGUGGAAAGCCCAUUCGUAAUAAUGUAUUUCACCUGGAGGAUGGGGAACCCUACUGUGAGACUGAUUAUUAUGCCCUUUUUGGUACUAUAUGCCGUGGAUGUGAAUUCCCCAUCGAAGCUGGGGACAUGUUCCUGGAAGCCUUGGGCUAUACUUGGCAUGAUACUUGCUUUGUAUGCUCAGUGUGCUGUGAAAGUUUGGAAGGUCAGACAUUUUUCUCCAAGAAGGACAAGCCUCUUUGCAAAAAGCAUGCUCAUUCUGUGAAUUUUUGAAAGCCAGCAGUUCAGAAGAAUUUUGAAGAAAAAGGAAAAGAAUUAAAUUACCAAUUAAGUUUUAGAUUAUUUUCAUGAAGAGUUGAAAACUAAUAGUAUCCUGAAGAGAAACUUCUAUCAUUAAAAACCAAGUCUAUGAGGAAAUACUUGGUUUUAUAAAAAGGACAGUUUAGCAUUUAGUAGUACUUUUUCCUGUAUUCCCCCCCCCCCCCAAUAACCUUUAUCAGAGUUCUUCUGAUUGACUAUUAAAGUCAUCUUAGAAUACAUCAAAGAAUGAAAUUUUAGGAAGAAUGCCUCUAGUCUCUAUUCUGAAAUAAUUACACUUUCCUUGAUAGUUAUGAGAGUAUGUGCAAAAAGCAGUAGAAAUGACUUAAACUUUAUUAAUAAGAGAAUCAUGGUUAAAAAACUGUUUAUCUUUGAAAUAGUAAAUAAGAGUUUAAACAGAAUAUUAUCAGUAGGAAGUGUCAGUUUCAUUGAAAAUGUGUGUACUUUUCUUUUGGUCUUAGAAUUGAUCAUUCCAGUGGGAAAGGCCAAUGAGACUUUUGCUCAAAAUGUAUCCAGCCAAUAAGAGUGUUACAUUGUUCUCUUUUCUCUACCUUCCUCCCCAGAACUGCAUAUAGCUUACAUAUCUCAAUUGUUGCUUUUAUUGAAAUAGGACAGUUUCUAUUUACUGUGUAUACUUUAUCACCUGUAUUAGUCAAACUCCAAUUUUUUCCCUCCCUCAUAUUGAGAUACAGAGCUGAUUAAAUAGCUUGAAGCUCUACAGUUUUCUCUGUUCUGCGAAGAAAUAGGUAGUAGAUAGUUAGGAGUUGUGGUAACCGAAGGAUUGUGCCUAACCUAAACAACAAACCAAAAGAACCACUUUCCACUUUCAGAUGAUGAAAAUCUGAUCACUUGUAGGCCUAUGCCACUGACUGAAAAUUUGAGAGCUCUUCUUGCUAAGGGAUAAAAAAAAAGUUCUACAUUAGGACUGGUUAGACAGCUGUGAUAAAAUGGUGUGUGUGUGUGUGUGUGUGUGUGUGUGUGUGAGUGUGUGUGUGUGAGUGUGUGUGUGUGUGUGUGUGUGUGUGUGUGUUGGGGUUUCUUCUUUGGGAAGCUUUUAGUCCCAGAGUUUCAGUAUCCUGGGAGGAGAAUUUGCUGAAUUAUUUGGAUUGCCUUGUUAUUUAUUUUCCCAAUGGGUUAAAGAAUUAUGGAGAUACCACCUGGAGACACAGAAACAAUUGUGGUAAAACUGUGGGUACCGUUAAUCUCUGCCCAGUCAGAAAACAAAUUAUGGCAUUUAGUACAUUUAGUAGCUUUCUCUUUGUUUCUCGAGUGGAUGAAAGCCCAUGGUCCCGCUGCAGUAUAAUUGGAAUCUGUUUGGGGCAAGGUGCUUUUAAAGGCCAGACAGUCCACACAUCCUUCCAGCCCCAUCACUCACUCCCACUCUGGGCCCAUUGUGUGCAUGUUUGUUACAGAGGAGGUUUUAGGCUAUACUAUUUGUUUAACCUCCCUAAGAACUUUCAAGGCAUCUGUCCUGAAAGCUGUUAAUGUAUGGUCCUUCAGGCUUAUAUUAUAUGCAGAUAAUAAUUAACUGGGGAUAAAGGAAUAACAAGGGGUGACACAGUUGCAAACUGAGUGCUUCUCCCAUAGCAACCCCACACUACCUCCCACCCUGCAUCUUGUGUAGGGGGCAGGAACUGAAUUGUGCAUUAUCUCAGCGCUGCUGAAGCCCCCUAGAGGCGACUUGCUGGCCCAGGACACCCAUCUCCACGUCAUUCUUUCAUUCUGUGUAUUACAAAACAAAUUGGUGGUUUUGUUUUGGCAUGUUCGCGUUUUGUUGCUUUAGUUUUGCCUUUCUAGAUUUUAUGCCAAGAUAAUAUUUGAUAAGUCAGUGCCAUUUGGGUAUGGUCUUCAAAGAUUUUUUUUAUUUAACCUGGAUUUCUCAUCAAGUUAUAUUUCUUUAGGAAUAUAUAUCAUGUUUAUUAGACUUUUUAUUCUACAUAUUAUUCAUGGAGCAUAAUGUAAUGUAAUGGAGCAUAAUAAAAUCCAGAUUUUAAAUCCUAAGAGAGUAGCGUUGCUUCCUAAGUUAUCUUUGUGUCCAUAUGCUUUAUAUCUGUGUUCCUAAGACAGUUAAUCCUGUGAAAUAAAUACUGACCAUAACCCAGAAGUAUCUCUGUAUUUUCUGGUGGGGAUUGCCAUGUUUAAUUCACCAACAUUAAUAUUUUAAUAACUGACAGAGCACUUUAUUCUUCUGGUGAGCUCCCUGAAUAUUUAUUUUUCUGAUUAUAAAUAUUCUGUGUCUAGCAGGGUUAUUAUUAUUAUUGCUUCUUUAGAGCAUUGACGUGUACUCUCUCAAGAUAUAUAUUUUGAAGUGUACUUGAUAAAAACGCAGAGGGAAAUUAGCAUAUGACUCUAAAAAGCCUCUACUUGUAUUUACCAGUUCUCAAACUUUCAUGGUAGAGUCAUAUGUAUAGCAUUUCUCUAGAGUUACGUGGGCUGUGGGUUGCAGCUUUUAAAAACAAUGAGCUAGGUCAUUUCGGUUGCCCAUUGGCCACAGCGUACAUGUUACGUAUUAAAGAUCAAGAUUAUACCUGAAAUGUAAAACCUAAAUGUUCGGUCUCAUUAAUACAUAGAGGGAAAAAAAUUUCAGUCAUCAAUAUCGGUGUCGCAGUGUUUAUGAUUAUCCCUCCCACCCCAAAAUGUACCACUGUUGCAGGGCAGUCACUGUGUUAGGAAUGCUUGUAUAUGAAAGAAUUCCCUUUCCCAGUUCAAAUAUGGAUCCAGGAUGAUGUUUAGCAUCUUUGCGACACUGGGUUUAGUCAUCCCCACUGAAGGAAAGAGAAAAUGCACUGAAUAGUUUUACUUCCGUGUGAGUUUCAGUGUGUCCCCUUACCCCAAAUGUCUAAAGGUAUUGAAUUGAAAUUCUUGAGUUGCAAUUUGGCUUACUAAUCGCCAACUUCUGUUUCUAUAAGUUUUUUAAGUGUGUACAUAUCUGCUGUGUUUUGCUGUUGGAUAUAUUUUUGCAUUAAAAAGUCACAUAAGAAAUAUAAUCAGUGUAUUAAUACCUUAAUGGGCACAUAAUCAAUAAAUGACAGCCAUGGUGAAGACAUGC